AUGGACAUGAGCCGUGGUGUCCAGCAUCCCGUUCGCGGCUUGUUUCUCCGCUACUACCUCUCUGGGCAGGCACGCGACUACCUCCCGGCUGGCGACUCCGAAGGCCCGGAAGGCAACCUGCAGGACUCGAUCAACUUCAUCCUGACCAACUUUGUGGAGAUGAACAAGCUCUGGGUCCGGCUACAACAUCAAGGACAUUCAAGGGAGAGAGACCAGCGGACGCAAGAGAGGAAAGAGCUGCAAUUGCUCGUGGGAAACAACAUUGUCCGUCUAAGCCAGCUGGUGGAUCUGCCGACAUACAAGAAUGGAAUCCUAGCCCCCCUGCUGGAGCAGGUUGUGCAGUGUCGGGAUGUCCUGGCGCAAGAAUAUCUGCUCGAGGUCAUCACCCAGGUCUUCCCUGACGAGUUCCAUCUUCACACCCUCGAUCAGUUCCUUGCCGCUGUGUCCAGAUUAAAUCCCCACGUCAAUGUUAAGGGAAUCGUUAUUGGCCUGAUGGACAGACUAUCAGACUAUGCCGAGCGGGAGUCGCAGAACGAAGAAGACGAGGAUAGGGGCCAGUUGGAGGAGGAAGCGCUCACGAAACUGCUGGAAAGAGUGAAGCUUGCAAAAUCGGCAGCGGAAGCCGAGGAAACGAGCGCGCCGACACCCGAAGCCCCUGAAAAUGGAGAGCAUGCGGAAGCUGAUAUAGGUUCGACCGAUGAGACUGAAAGCGCCGAACCAGCAGCAGGAGCAGCAGCAGCAGAGACCGAGGUUACCGCGACUAAUGGAGACGAAUCCGAGCCAACCAAAAAGCAUAGGGGGAUUCCCGAGAACGUGCCCCUAUACGAAAUCUUUUUCGGACAAGUCAAGAAUCUCGUGCAAGCGCAACAUCUUCCGAUCCAGGACACGAUCGCGCUGUGCGUAUCUCUCACGAACCUCGCACUCAACAUCUAUCCUGAAAGGCUCGACUAUGUCGACCAAAUCCUCGAUUACGCCCACUCAAAGAUAAAAGAACACGCCAACAGUGCCGAUCUGCAUUCGCCACCAGCGCAGCAAAGUAUUCUGGCGUUGCUUCAGGCACCCCUCAAGAGAUAUGUUUCGAUAUUUACGGCGCUCGCUCUGCCUAGAUACGUUCCCCUGUUCCAGUCGCAAACCUACCCCACGCGUAGGGCCGUCGCUGGCGAAGUGGCCAGACACUUAAUCAAGAACCAAACCCGCAUCACUACCACGGCCAAUCUGGAGAAUGUCCUGGAGGUGCUCAAGGUCCUUAUUAAAGAAGGAUCGCAAGCGCCGUCUGGCUACCCCGGUGUCGUUCAGCAGCGCGGUCGUGCCCUGGAGACAGACGAAACCUUGGAGGAACAGGGCUGGCUGGCCCGCCUUGUCCACCUCCUUCAGUCCGAGAACAACGACACCCAGUUCCGUCUCCUGCAGAUGACAAGGAAGGCCUACGCCGAGGGCAACGAGCGGAUCCGGACCACGACGCCACCUAUCAUCACCGCCGGCCUGAAGCUCGCCCGGCGCUACAAGGCUCGCGAACACUAUGACGACAACUGGCAGUCGCAGUGCUCCGCGCUCUUCAAGUUCCUCCACUCGGCCAUCUCGACCCUCUACACACGCGUCAACGGCGCCGGCGCCGCCGAGCUGUCUUUGCGCCUCUUUUGCUCCUGUGGCCAGAUGGCUGACAAGACCGAGUUCGAGGAGGUGGCGUACGAGUUUUUUGCGCAGGCCUUCACGGUGUACGAGGAGGCCAUCAGCGACUCAAAGGCGCAGUUCCAGGCCGUUUGCGCUAUCGCCAGCGCCCUCCACCGCACGCGCAACUUUGGAAAGGAGAACUACGAUACGCUCAUCACCAAGUGCGCGCAGCACGCGAGCAAGCUCCUGAGGAAGCCGGAUCAGUGCCGGGCUGUUUACCUGGCUAGUCAUCUAUGGUGGGCGACUCCGAUUGCUAGUAACGGGGAGACUGAGGAGACCGAGCUUUACCGAGACGGUAAGCGUGUUCUCGAGUGCCUGCAGCGCGCUCUCCGCGUUGCGGAUUCGUGCAUGGAGACCGCUACCUCCAUUGAGUUGUUUGUCGAGAUCUUGGACAGAUACGUGUACUACUUCGAUCAGAAGAACGAAUCGGUCACAACCAAGUACCUCAACGGCCUAAUCGAGCUCAUUCACUCCAACCUAGCCGGCAACCAGCAAGACUCGGCUUCGGUCGAGGCCAGCCGGAAGCACUUCCUGCAGACCUUGGAGAUCAUCAGGAGCAAGGAGUACGAAGGAAUCGUGCUUACUCCCAAGUAA